GAUUUUUUAGUUCUAAUGUCGAAAUAACAGUGAAUUUAUUUAGUGAAAGUCAUUACUAGAAAUAACAAUAUACUCACGAAAAUGAAUAAAUUAAAAUCAUCACAGAGAGAUAAAGUUAAGAAGUUCGUCGCUUUCACACAAACAAGUGAAAGUACUGCCAUAUACUGCCUUUCGCAAAACGAUUGGAAACUAGACUUAGCGAGUGACAACUACUUUCAGAACCCUGAAGCUUAUUACAAAGAUUCUGGAAAAUCUGCUGUGGACAAAAAAAAGAUUGAACAGCUCUUUAACAAGUACAGAGACCAGCAAGAAAAUGAUAAAAUAACUGUAGAUGGUGUUAUGAAGUUCCUAGAAGAUUUAAAUCUUAGUCCUGAAUCAAUUCUAGUACUUAUAAUAGCAUGGAAGUGCAAAGCAGCAGUCCAGUGUGAAUUCACUAAAGACGAAUUUACUACUGGUUUAAUAGAACUUGGUGUAGACAGCAUAGACAAAUUAAAGGCAAAGCUGCCAACUCUUGAAUUGGAAAUCAAAGAUCCAAAUAAAUUCAAAGAUUUUUAUCAGUUUACAUUUAAUUAUGCUAAGAAUCCAGGACAGAAAGGCCUAGAGCUAGAUAUGGCUGUAGCUUAUUGGAAUAUAGUACUCCGUGGGAGGUUUAAGUUUUUAGAUGCUUGGUGUAAAUUUCUCACGGAGCACCAUAAAAGAUCCAUCCCGAAAGACACAUGGAAUCUUCUACUAGACUUUGCUACACAAAUAGAUGACGGCAUGAGCAACUACGAUGCUGAGGGUGCAUGGCCAGUCCUAAUUGAUGACUUCGUAGAGUGGUGCCAGAAACAGGGGUUAGCAGCAGAUGGGGUCAAAGCCCUAGAGCCUGCGUCUGGCUAGCUGAUACCCAACUGUUACUUACAGCGCGAAGCGAGGGUACAAAGUGUUUGUACAGAAUUGGAAGUACAAGACCAACAUUUUAUUGGGGCACUUGUAACAUACAUAGUACUAAUCCUAUCUCGUUUCGUCCUGUACAGUCUUGAGCUGUGUACAGUCGAGUGGGUCGCCAUCAUAAUUUUCUUCGAAUUAUGUAGCUGACUAAAUUGUGCAGUGUUUGAUUGAACAGUCCAAAUGGCUUGGAACAUUGGAAUGGAAACUUGGCUUGUUAUGGAACAGUGAAUUUGUGUUUAUUUAUUACUCAACUGUAUAACGCUCUUGAUCUAUUCGUCCGUUAGGUAAAUUUUAUAGGAUUGUUGCAUCCUUUUCUGAAUAAUAACUGAAAAUUACUAUUUCUUUUCAAAUAUAAAUAGACAAAUAUAAAUGCAGUUAGUAUAACUUUAUUUUGAUUGUUACUACUUGAAUUCAAUUCUCGCUUAUUAUCUAUCUUGCAGUUUUACACAAAGCCAAAAUUAAUAUUAUAUCAUUAGAAAAAUAUUGUAUGUUAUAUAAAUAUGGUUGAAUAAUAGAACAGAAAGAAGAUAAGCUAUGUAAUUUCCAAUUAACACAAAAAUGAAAAUUUACAUUGAGGAAAUGCAAUACCUUAUUUCUUAAACUACCAAAUGUUUAUUUAAGCUAUUUUUGCUUGAAUUGAAUCUUGAGUUUGUCAUCUAAUAUGUGAAAGAAAUGUUAUAUAAAAUUAUAAGUUACAAUGUUUUCUAUACUAAAGGGGAUUCUAUGGCGCGAUUUAAAGUAACAGUGUUAUAAUGCAAACUUUUAUGUAAAUAUGUAUAUACAUGUUAAUGGUAUUCUUUUUUUUUUUAAUAAUUAAAACUUAGAAAUUUUUUGUUUUGAUUUUUACAUACACAAACUUUAGGAUGCUUUUAAAAUAGCAUAUCAAUUAUUUGAUAAGCUAUCACUUUAUGGUUUACGUAAUUUAUCUAUUUCUAAAUGAAGAAAUUUUACAACAAAACAUUGCAUAAUGUAUAGAUCUACGAGUAUGUUAUCACUUGUGGAUAUUAGUAAUUUGAGAUAAUUUAAGAGACGAAUAAUUGGUAAAAUAUGUUGACCUCUCUUAUUUACCUGUAUUCUUCCAAAGUUUAAAUGAAAACUUAUUUGGUGUAGUAAAAGCGUGAUCUGUGAUUAUCAUACUAAUUUCUUAAUACAAUAUAUAUUAAAACGUAUAAUUCUUGGUAAAAUUAUUUAAAAUUGAACAAAAUGAUUAAAAUAUGGAAGUAAUAUUUAAAUAGUAAAUAAAACUUAUGACAGUUGUUUUUAAUACAGUGUUCAUUUAUAAUAAUCUGUUCUGUACUAAUAAUCAAGAAUUUUGAAGCAUCUAUUUGUUUUAAUAUUUAAUUUUUCAUGUUGCAAUAGAUUGUCUAGAGAGAUAUCUACUGUUGUUUUUAAUAACAUUGAUUCAUGAGAUCAUAGUUAGUGUUUGGUACUUAGAUUUAUUGUACAAAACAAAUUGAUGUAUUAUGAAUUAAUUACAUUAAAUUGUUAAUUAAAUUUAUUAUUAUUUUCCUGUAGACCAGGUAAGUUAAUUUCUUGUAAGAGUUGCUUUAUUAUGUUUUUGCCAUUUUAAAACCAGAAUAAUAUUGAGUAGCCAAAACCAUUUUUUUAUAGAAGAGGGGGCAUAUGAGCAUGUGGCUCAUCUGAUUGAAAGUGUCAACCGCCGCUUAACAACAAUUGCAACACCGCAUCAAGGGUAUUGCAGAUGCGUUGCCGGCCUUUUUAAAAGGAGGAAAUGAGGAAGCUCGUACUUGAAGGUCCCUAAGUCUCGGUCCGGAAAAAUCGCCGGUGGUAAAUGAUUCG